CGCUUGUUAGCGUUUGGGUCAUCAUUGAGGGAUUGACAACCGUAGCAGCCGUUUUCCUCAUACACAGACUGCCUCGCCAUGAGUCUACCGGCCGCCCCGCCCAGCUACGCUGAAUCCAUGGCAGGGAACAAGGAGCAGGCGUUAGGGGGAGUGAUAGUGGCAAUACCCCCCUACAGUGACCACCCGCCCCCCAUGCCCCCUCCACCGGUGCCCAUCCACACCAGAUGGGCCUACGUACACCCCAGUCCCAGCCCGGGCUACACCAACCCCUACACUUCCAACAUGUCCUCUCCCUUCUCCGCCCCUAGCACCAGCGACAGCUUCAACGGUAGCAACUGGGAGGACAAGAACAUCCGACGCAUGUUCAUUCGCAAGGUGUUCACUAUCCUCAUGAUCCAGCUAUUGGUGACCUUUGGUAUCGUGGCACUCUUCACAUUUUGUGAACCAGUCCAGCAGUUUGUGCAGUACAACCGAAUCCUCUACCUUGCCUCAUACAUCACCUUCAUGGGGACAUAUCUUGUGCUAGUGUGCAGCACAAGUGCCCGGCGACAGUACCCCACCAACCUCAUCCUCUUGGGGAUAUUUACUUUGGCAAUGUCUUACAUGGCAGGCAUGCUGGCCAGCUACCACAACACUAAAGUGGUGAUGUUGUGUGUGGGCAUCACCGCCAUGGUGUGUCUGUUCAUCACCCUCUUCUGUUUCCAGACCAAGGUUGAUUUUACGUCGUGUCAAGGUCUUCUCUUCUCUCUCAUGAUGGUGCUGAUGGUGACUGGACUGUUGCUCCUCUUCACCGCCCCCUUCGGAUAUAUACCUUGGUUGCAGACAGCGUAUGCUGGACUGGGUGCACUGGUCUUCACUUUGUUCUUAGCCUUUGACGUGCAGCUGCUGAUGGGCAACCGGCGGUACUCUCUGAGUCCCGAGGAGCACGUGUUCGGGGCGCUGUGCCUCUACAUGGACGUGGUCUACAUCUUCGUCUUCCUCCUGCAGCUGUUUGGGAGUCAGGAUUGAAGUUGUACGACCUUGUAGUCACGUUCAAUAGCCGCUUUACUCUCUCUCUGCCUCUUCAAAUGCACACACCUACUCUGAUAGCCUUUCGCACUACUUCUGUUUGGUCACACUCACACAAGCACACUUUUGAGAGAAGAUACAUCUACAUACACACAUACUGGCACAUAUUUGUAAGCUGACUCAAAUACACACACAGACACACACGGUACACUCAGACAAACUCCCACAGCCUGACUGUGGGGUCUCUUAUAAAAGCAGGAUUUACAUAUACUUUUCCUCUCCCUGAGUUUCUCUUAUGUGUGCGGUAAAUGUAUUAUUUUUGGAGUAACAACUCAAUUCAAUUUCGAUUUUUUUAUAUCAUUGAAGUUGUGUAGGGCUAUUAUUCCUAGACUACUGUGUGUGACUGGUGUGAUGUCAACUCUGUCUGCACUGGCAGACUCUUACCUCUAGGGGGCACUGCAUGCCUUGCCACUUCCUCUGGAAUGUUCUUCACUGGUUUGAAAUUAUGCUAGCUGUGGGACUGUGUAAGGGUUUGAACUGAUCUAGGGCAGUGUAAGGUAAGCAGGGCCGGCGUUAUCGGCGGGCCUUAGGGGGCCUGGCCUGCCCUACUUUACCUCCUUGCCCGUCCAAAUAAAAUAUUGAAAUAUUGA